AUGGGGGACUCUCCAACAAAUGCCAUGGAUGGAGGCAUAGACACGUGCUGCAAAGACACGCAGACUGAACUGGCAGAGCGGGUAGCAGCCAUAGAUGUGGCUGUUGCCCCAGAGAGAAGUGACCAAAAUGGUGAAGGCAACACUGAAGAAAAUGACACAGUGUUUUCUGAUAUCAUAAAAGACAUCCAAAGAAAUGGUGUCAACAGUGAUGUGGGAAUGAAUGAACUUCUGCCUUCCCAACAGUCAGAAGAUGCUCACUGGAGGCAUGUUCCCAAGAGACCUCUCACUAGACCCGUCCUAUCAAGUAGGAAGUUGUCUCUUCAGGAAAGGUCAUCAGGAGGUUAUUUGGCUUCUAGCAACACUCCAGGUUAUGGUCCUUAUGCCACAGGGCCAUCACCACGUAUAAUGAGGAGACCAACGAUAGAGUCCAAUCGGGUCUCCAUAUCAGAUACCGAGGACUGCAUGCAAUUAAACCAGUAUAAGCUGCAGAGUGAAAUAGGCAAGGGUUCCUACGGUGUUGUGAAACUGGCCUACAACGAGAACGAUGACAAGUAUUACGCUAUGAAAGUCCUCUCCAAAAAGAAGCUCUUGAAGCAGUAUGGAUUUCCGCGUCGGCCUCCUCCCAGAGGGUCGAAAGCAUCCUCCGGAGAGCAGCCAAAACCCAUGGCACCACUGGACAGAGUCUAUCAGGAAAUAGCCAUCUUAAAGAAACUGGACCAUGUUAACAUCGUAAAGCUGAUAGAGGUCCUUGAUGAUCCUGCAGAGGACAACUUGUACAUGGUGUUUGACCUCCUAAGGAAAGGGCCUGUCAUGGAGGUACCAAGUGACCAGCCCUUCAGUGAGGAGCAGGCUCGGCUCUACUUCCGAGACAUCGUCUUGGGCAUUGAGUACUUGCACUACCAGAAGAUCAUUCACCGGGACAUCAAGCCUUCCAACUUACUCUUAGGAGAUGAUGGGCACGUCAAAAUCGCUGAUUUUGGAGUCAGCAAUCAAUUUGAAGGGAAUGAUGCUCAGCUUUCCAGCACGGCAGGGACACCAGCCUUCAUGGCACCAGAGGCCAUUUCAGACACUGGCAAAAGUUUCAGUGGAAAGGCACUUGAUGUAUGGGCCAUGGGAAUUACCCUGUACUGCUUUGUUUACGGGAAGUGCCCUUUUAUAGAUGAAUAUAUCCUGGGUCUUCAUAACAGGAUCAAGAACAAGCCUGUAGAGUUCCCAGAAGAAGCACAGAUAAGUGAAGAGCUCAAGGAACUGAUCCUACGCAUGCUCGAUAAAAAUCCAGAAACAAGGAUAACAGUCCCUGAAAUUAAGGUGCAUCCGUGGCUAACCAAGGGUGGCGAGGAGCCCCUGCCGCUGGAGGAAGAGCAUUGUACCGUGGUGGAGGUGACAGAGGAGGAGGUGAAGAACUCGGUGAAGACGAUCCCGAGUUUGCCAGCUGUGAUCCUAGUGAAGGCCAUGCUAAGAAAACGCUCCUUUGGAAAUCCGUUUGAGAUUCAGACCAGGCGGGAGGAGAGGUCCAUGUCUGCUCCAGGGAACUUACUAAUAAAACAAGGGAGCAGAGAAGGAGGCAGGGACCCGGAGCUGCCCGACGUGUGUGAAGAUGAAGCUACGUCCUGA